AUGUCCGACAUCAAUGACCGCGUGGCCUCCCGGUCCGAGUCUUCUCCCACUCUCCCAGACAUUGAGCCUCAAGCUCCUCUGUCUUUGUUCCAGCACCCGUUCGGCUACGACGGUGACCAUAGCCUUGGCUCAGAGCCUGAAGUCUACGCCGUUCCGGACGCUGUCAAGGAUCCGGGUUCCACAGAGGUCCCGCGGGCAGUCCCAAUCGUGGAAGAGCAACCGAGGGGCUCCGUCAUUCACCAUGAAGCUCCUGCGAUUGGUAAAGGCCAACGUGCGAAGUCCAAGUCUUCCAAUUCCUCCAGUUCAUCGCAGUCGACUUCCCGACCCGCUAGAACUAUGCCGGCCAUUGCCGUUGCGCAUCAGACUUCCACAGGCACUUUCCCAGGGGAUGCGACACCCAUCGGCAAACAGACGACUUUCGUGAUGCGAGUCCCCGAGGAAGCAGCCGUGUAUGAAGUACCUAUCACCAGGCGCCGGUCAACCACCAUCAAGAUCACGGUUGAUAACGGAAGUGAUGAGUCAGCGCACAUGCGCAAAGCUUCGAACUCCGAAUUCAAGACCGGAACAGUGAGCCCUUCCAGACGACCAAUUUCAAAGGCCAAUUCUGCAGAGCCGCUGCAACCGGUCCCGAUAAUCAAAGAAGAUGAUACUUCUACCAAACGUUCGAAACGCAGUCGUAUUCGAGCUCUGUGGCGCCGCCUUGUGGCGAAGAUCAUGAUGAUGAAGGCUCGGAAAGCUGCGAAAGCUUCUGCACCCCAGACUAAUGUCUAA